AUGGCGGACGACGACGUGCUCUUCGAAGAUGUCUACGAGCUCUGCGAGGUGAUCGGGAAGGGUCCGUUCAGCGUUGUGAGGAGAUGCAUCAACAGAGAGACGGGGCAGCAGUUUGCCGUCAAAAUUGUGGAUGUCGCUCAGUUCACCUCCAGUCCAGGACUCAGCACAGAGGACCUGAAGAGGGAGGCCAGCAUUUGCCACAUGCUGAAACACCCGCACAUCGUGGAGCUGCUUGAGACUUACAGUUCCGAUGGGAUGCUCUACAUGGUCUUUGAAUUCAUGGAUGGAGCAGACCUGUGCUUUGAGAUCGUCAAGAGGGCAGAUGCCGGUUUUGUCUACAGCGAAGCGGUGGCCAGUCACUACAUGAGACAGAUCCUGGAGGCGCUGCGUUACUGCCAUGACAACAACGUCAUCCACAGGGAUGUCAAGCCUCACUGCGUGCUGCUGGCGUCCAAGGAGAAUUCUGCUCCCGUCAAAUUAGGAGGAUUCGGAGUGGCGAUCCAGUUGGGAGAAUCUGGAUUGGUGGCUGGAGGUCGUGUAGGAACGCCGCACUUCAUGGCGCCCGAGGUGGUGAAGAGGGAGCCGUAUGGAAAACCCGUGGACGUGUGGGGCUGCGGCGUCAUCCUCUUUAUCCUCCUGUCAGGGUGUCUGCCCUUCUACGGUACCAAAGAGCGUCUUUUCGAAGCGAUCUGCAAGGGGAAAUACAAGGUAAGGACAUUAAACAAGAUGAACCCGCGGCAGUGGAGUCAAAUCUCGGAGAGCGCUAAAGAUCUGGUGCGGCGCAUGCUGAUGCUCGAUCCCGCCGAGAGGAUCACCGUUUACGAGGCCCUCAACCAUCCUUGGCUCAAGGAGAGGGACCGCUAUGCCUACAAGAUCCACUUGCCAGAGACUGUGGAGCAACUCAGAAAGUUUAAUGCCAGGAGGAAGUUAAAGGGAGCCGUGCUGGCAGCGGUUUCCAGUCACAAGUUUAAUUCCUACUAUGGAGACCCCCCUGAGGAACUCCACGACUUCUCAGAUGACCCCACCUCCUCAGGAGCUGUGUCUCAGGUGUUGGACAGUUUAGAAGAGAUCCACGCGUUGACAGACUGCAGCGAAAAGGAUCUGGACUUUCUCCACAGUGUUUUCCAGGACCAACAUUUACACACACUGCUCGACCUCUACGAUAAGAUCAACACCAAGUCGUCCCCGCAGAUCAGGAAUCCGUCCAGUGACGGAGUGCAGAGAGCAAAGGAGGUAUUGGAAGAGAUCUCUUGCUACCCGGAGAACCACGACGCCAAAGAACUCAGACGGAUACUGACUCAGCCACAUUUCAUGGCGUUGCUGCAGGCCCACGACGUGGUGGCGCAUGAAGUCUACAGCGACGAGGCGCUGAGGGUGACGCCGCCGCCUACUUCGCCCUACCUGAAUGGCGACUCGCCCGAAAGCACCAACGGAGACAUGGACCUGGAAAACGUCACCAGGGUGCGCUUGGUGCAGUUCCAGAAGAACACGGAUGAGCCCAUGGGCAUAACGUUGAAAAUGAACGACUCCAACAACUGCAUCGUGGCCAGGAUCAUGCACGGUGGAAUGAUCCACAGACAAGGCACGUUGCAUGUCGGAGAUGAGAUCAGGGAGAUCAACGGCAUCAGCGUCGCCAACCAGACUGUCGAGCAGCUGCAGAAGAUGCUGAAGGAGAUGCGAGGCAGCAUCACAUUUAAAAUAGUGCCAAGUUACCGGACGCAGGGCUCCUCCUGUGAGAAAGAGUCCCCCACCACGUCCAGGCAAUCCCCUGCCAAUGGCCACUCCAGCAUUAACAGUUCUAUCUUGGACCUGCCGUCCACCAUCCAGCCCAAAGGUCGACAGAUCUACGUGAGGGCUCAGUUUGAGUACGACCCCUCCAAAGACGAGCUGAUCCCCUGCAAGGAGGCCGGCAUCCGCUUCCGCGUGGGCGACAUUAUCCAGAUCAUCUCCAAAGACGACCACAACUGGUGGCAGGGCAAGCUGGAGAACACCAAGAACGGCACGGCCGGCCUCAUCCCGUCACCCGAGCUACAAGAGUGGCGUGUGGCAUGCAUGGCCAUGGAGAAGACCAAGCAGGAGCAACAGGCCAGCUGCACUUGGUUCGGCAAGAAGAAGAAGCAGUACAAAGACAAGUAUUUGGCCAAGCACAAUGCAGUGUUUGACCAAUUAGAUUUGGUGACGUACGAAGAAGUGGUCAAGCUGCCCGCCUUCAAGAGAAAAACGCUUGUAUUGUUAGGUGCUCAUGGCGUCGGCAGGAGACACAUCAAGAACACCCUCAUUACCAAACACCCCGACAGAUUCGCCUACCCCAUCCCACACACAACGAGACCCCCCAAGAAGGACGAGGAGAACGGAAAAAACUACUACUUCGUAUCGCACGAUCAGAUGAUGCAGGACAUCAGCAACAACGAGUACCUGGAGUACGGCAGCCACGAGGACGCCAUGUACGGCACGCGCCUGGAGACCAUUCGCAAGAUCCACCAGCAGGGAUUGGUCGCCAUCCUGGACGUCGAGCCUCAGGCACUGAAAGUCCUCCGCACUGCCGAGUUUGCGCCAUACGUGGUCUUCAUCGCCGCGCCGACCGUCACGCCGGGCAUCGACGAGGACGAGUCCUUGCAGCGUCUCCAGAAGGAGUCGGAGAUCCUGCAGAAGUCUUACGCUCACUACUUCGACCAGACCAUCAUCAACAACGAGAUCGACGACACCAUCGGUCACCUGGAGGAGGCAGUGGAGCUGGUUUGCAAUAGCGGCCAAUGGGUGCCCGUCUCCUGGGUCUACUGA